AACACAGACCAUUGUCCAUAGGAGAUCCGCGUCACCAUGGAGGCUAUCGCGCAGCAGUUCACCGACUUUUACUACAACCAAUUCGACUCGGACCGAGCUGGUCUUGUCAACCUCUACCGGGGCAACUCGAUGCUCACCUUCGAGGGCACGCAGCUGCAGGGUGCAGCGGCCAUCGUCGAGAAGCUUCAGAGCCUUCCUUUCCAGCGUGUGCAGCACAAGGUCGAGACGCGGGACGCGCAACCGACCGGUGCUGACGGAACCUCCCUGGCCGUCAUGGUCACGGGCGCCCUUGUCGUCGACGACUCGCCCCAGCCCAUGCGCUUCAGCCAGACGUUCAUUCUCAACCCCGAGGGCGGCUCCUACUUUGUUUUCAACGACAUCUUCAGGCUCAACUACGGCUGAGAAGGAGCAAAAGCUGGAGGGGGACAAGGAGCCUUCCUGGAGCGCAUCUUCUUGCCCGAUCGCCUGGGCAAGUCCCUUUUGCCAACCACCGCCAACAUUAGAUGCGCUCUGACAUACUCUGCUAAUCCAUUCGUCCAUUCAUCAUCGCUGAUUCACGAAGGCGGGCAGAAGAAAGAAGGUGGGAGAGCGAGGAUAAGCAAAUCAUAUUGUGAAACGGGACUUUGAUUGAGUGAAAAUAAGGUAAUUGUGGCAAGAGGACGACGCUAUAGAUGUACGGGGGAUUAGAAAGACAUACACCCAAGACAUGAGCUACAUGAGGAGUGGGGGAAAGAGGAAGAGAGUAAUGGAGGACUGACGACAAGGAUGUAGAACACAGAAACGGCAAUCGGCCAAACGCCCUUCCUUUCAUCUUCUAAGUCAGGUCCAUGCCCUGGUUCUCGUCGUU